CCCCAGCCCGCCCCUCCCCUCAGCGCGCGCGCUCCGUGCCUGCCCGCUAAAUUCCGUUAGCACCACCUCUUCCACCCCCCCACACACCCGCCACCCGGCCCCCUCCCACAGUCCUCCUCGCCCCGCCUUUGGCCCCACAUGUUCGGUCCGGAAAAACUGUUGGGGCAGCUGCCCAAGCUGGAGAGAUACGGGAAUAUGGCGUCCGUGGGGGAUUUUAACCCGGUGAGCGCCAACGUCCCGGCUACCCGAGUGGAGAUCUCCGUGUCUUGCAGGAACCUUUUGGAUAGAGAUACAUUUUCAAAAUCUGAUCCAAUUUGCGUUUUAUAUACCCAAGGGAUGGGAAAUAAAGAAUGGAGAGAGUUUGGAAGAACAGAAGUAAUUGACAAUACUUUGAACCCAGAUUUUGUAAGAAAAUUUAUAAUGGAUUACUUUUUUGAGGAGAGACAGAACCUGCGAUUUGAUUUGUAUGAUGUUGAUUCUAAGAGUCCAAACCUUUCAAAGCAUGAUUUCUUGGGACAAGUGUUCUGUACAUUAGGAGAGAUCGUUGGGUCACAAGGAAGCAGAUUAGAAAAACCAGUUAUAGGAAUUCCUGGGAGGAAAUGUGGCACAAUAAUACUGACAGCAGAGGAACUGAACUGUUGCCGGGAAGCUGUUUUGAUGCAAUUUUGUGCAAACAAAUUAGACAAGAAAGAUUUUUUUGGCAAAUCUGAUCCCUUCCUGGUAUUUUUUCGUAGCAAUGAAGAUGGCAGCUCAUCCUUAUGUCACAGGAUUAGAGUUCUGAAAUCCACUCUUGCCCCCCUGAGCACGCUGUUCAAAUAAUGUAUAGAACAUUUUCUUUAUUUUUUUUACAGAACAAUUAAGGUAGAAGUGUAUGAUUGGGAUAGAGAUGGAAGUCAUGAUUUUAUUGGACAAUUCACCACAAGCUAUAGGGAAUUGUCAAGAGGACAGUCCCAGUUUAAUGUAUAUGAGGUAAUCAAUCCAAAGAAAAAAGCAAAAAAGAAAAAGUAUGUUAAUUCAGGAACAGUAACAUUACUUUCCUUCCUAGUGGAAACAGAAGUUUCAUUUCUCGACUAUAUUAAAGGAGGGACUCAAAUCAAUUUCACCGUGGCUAUUGAUUUUACAGCUUCAAAUGGUAACCCUGCGCAUCCAACCUCCCUUCACUACAUGAAUCCAUACCAACUGAAUGCAUAUGGCAUGGCAUUAAGAGCAGUAGGUGAAAUCAUUCAAGACUAUGAUAGUGACAAAAUGUUUCCAGCUCUAGGUUUUGGUGCAAAACUGCCCCCGGAUGGAAGAAUAUCUCAUGAGUUUGCCUUGAAUGGAAAUCCACAAAACCCUUAUUGCAAUGGAAUUGAUGGUGUAAUGGAAGCAUACUAUAUGAGUUUAAAAUCUGUGCAGCUUUAUGGACCAACCAACUUUGCUCCUGUUAUUAAUCAUGUAGCAAGAUAUGCUGCCUCAAUAAAAGAUGGCUCCCAGUAUUUUGUUCUUCUCAUUAUUACAGAUGGAGUCAUUUCUGAUAUGGCUCAGGCAAAGGAGUCCAUAGUGAAUGCUGCAAAACUUCCAAUGUCAAUAAUAAUAGUGGGUGUUGGACCUGCGGAAUUUGAUGCCAUGGAAGAAUUGGAUGGUGAUGAAGUAAGGGUUUCAUCAAGAGGAGUUUAUGCGGAAAGAGAUAUAGUACAGUUUGUACCAUUUCGGGAUUACAUUGACAGAACUGGAAACCACAUAUUAAGUAUGGCCCGACUUGCAAGAGAUGUCUUAGCUGAGAUCCCGGACCAGUUUCUUUCCUACAUGAGGGUCAGAGGAAUCAAGCCAUCUCCGGCGCCACCUCCGUACACUCCACCUAGCCAUGUGGUGCAGACUCAGAUAUGAACAUUUUGAAUAUUGAAUACUUUUCAAAAUUAUACAGUGCUGCCAAGAAAGAGUUCCAGUACAGAGAUGCACUUUAAGAGCCAGCAAAGCUCUUUGUAUGCAGUAAGUAGAAUUUUCUAGUGGGCUUUGGAAAAGAAAGAAAUAAGUUAACUUCAUAUACCAAAAUGUUCAAACUUGUUGCACGUGCAACUGAACAGCUUUUAUUUACAAGAAGCGAAAUGGUGAAGUUGUUUCUAAGUGUUACUGUUUCUAACAGAAAAUGCCUGUUAAUAUGGGGGGUGGGUGGGUGGAGAAAGCACAAGACCACGGGUUCUAUUCAAAAGUCUUUGUCUUUCUGACCUAAUAUGUAUAUAUUAUAUAAUGUGAAUGCAAAUCCUCUGUAUCACUGUUUACAUGUUGCUACUUUUGAAAUUUAACUACUUUUUAUAGUUAUUCUUAAACAUUUGUCUUCUAUCUUGCAAUAGUAAAAAUCCACAAGAGAAGCAAUAUCUCUUUGAAUGAUUGUCCAGACGAAUUAGGUGCAAAGCUAAGAAUAGAAAAUGGGGACAAAUGCAUUCAUAGGUCUCAAUAAUGGAAACACCUCACCGAAAAGCUCAGUAAAAUAUCAGCCUGAUAUAUCUGAGAAUAAGCUUCCAAGAUGUGAAUAGUGUAAGAAAAUGUAUUUUUGCAAGAUACUCCAAUUCUGAAAUAACUUGUGUUUACAUUUUUUUAAGACUGAUUAUGCUGGCAUAAUAAAUGAUAACAACAGUAUCAUGCACUUCUAAGAACUUUUGAGCCCUGUGUUUCCUCAUGUAAGGUGUGAAAUCCGUAAAGUACAGUAUCUUGCAUUGAGUAACAGUAGACCUUUGGCGUUAUAUUGCUUUCUGAAGGUGAAUAUCUUAAUAUGAUUGACAGUUGCUAUGAGGUUUGUCUAGAUUGGCUACUCAAAAGUGGGGGGCAGCUCAUUUUGAGUUGGCUGAGACACAUAUUGCCAUGGAGGGCACAUAAGUUGUGAAUCUUAUUUAACUUGAUUAAAACUGCACAACCGUAUUGUUUUGUGCACAACUUUGUGUAUAGAACUACUCAAGUGUUUUAUGAUAUGCCUGUUCUUAUCUCAAUUAUCCAGUGUUUUUGCAUGUACAGUUUUUACAAGAAAUUCACAUUUUUCUGAGUAUUUGUGUCAAAAUUUUACAGUAGAACAAAUGGCCUUAAAUCUCACAGAUAUCUUGGAAAUGAUUGUGAAUUGCCUUUUACUUUUCUGUCAAAAAUGUAUAAUUGCCUUGUAAUGUGUAGCGCUCUUUUUUGACACAUAACCUGUUUGGUACUUUCUUUACUAUUAUAUAUGUUACACUGAAUAAUAUGAAAUUAAGGUGCGUUUUUAAAGCAUGAAAGGGAUUUCUUCUGGAAAAGCAAAUACAUAUAGCAUCAAUAGUAUAUAAUCCUAUGUAAUACGAAAUCUUAACGUUUUUAAAUAUAUUGGUCCUUAAAGUACUAUUUUAUUGGAAAAUGCUUCUCUGAAUAGUAUGAGGAAUAAUCAUAUUAUUCAGAAUAACAAAAUAAUACUACAGAUAAUAACUUCUAUUUCAAAUAUUGAAAUUGCCAACCUAGAUACAAUUUGAUACUAUUUAGACAGGUAUAUUCAGAAUUUUGAAACACUUCACAACUUCUUUGAUUAAAUCAGACAGUGAAAAAAUAUGGUGUUUUUUUUAAAAAAAAAAGAAAGUUGCCAAACACUUAAGAACUAAACAUUUCUCUUAUUUAUAUUUGCCAAAUAAACAACUAAUGCAGUAAUGUUUCCUUAUUUCUUAUUGUUAAGAAAUUUCUCAAAACAGUUUCUUUAGAUUCCAUUUUUUUUUCUGUUUUACAGUUGUGUUACUAUUGAAAUAAAAAAGGCAAUUUCUGAA